AUGCCUCCAGGUUUAACCUAUCCGAGUUUAAAAUGCGUUUUCGAGUUCCUGGAAGCGAAUAAAAGGCAAACGCGACGAGGUUACUUCCCUAUCUUUUACCAAAAAAAUGGGACAGGAAAUACGGGUUAUGAAUAUGCGAAUCGACGAGGGGAAAUAUUCAAGAGAAGAAUUAACAAAGAUUACCAUAAUGCUUAUGUCCUGAUCCGCCAGUUAUUAGAGUCUCUGUUAGUGGGAAGAAGAGCGAUUAUCGUGCAGAAACUUGUAACUGGAUGGCUGCAGCCAGAAUCUGAAAAUCUCGAAUUGAAAUUUAAUGUUCUGGAAAUAGAGUCUGAUGGAUAUGAUUUAAAAGACGUCGUUCCACUUAUUGAACCUACCAGUUUUCCACUCAAGAAGUUUACUCAAAAACAGUUUUCGUAUAGUUGUUUUGAACAUUCUGAAGUACGAACUGCCAAUCACCUAGUUAUCACUACCAUUUAUAUCAACUUAUCCGAUGCUAUUAAUAUUCUGAAAUCUCUGAACUGCAAGUGUAUAGAGAUUAAAGAUCUACUUUUCAACAAGAAUUAUGUUUUGGAUAUCAUUCAAAUGUUGUUGGAAAAUCAUCGAGACGUUGAGACAUGUUAUAUGAUGGACAUAUUAGUUUUUAAAAGUAAUACAAGUAACUUGAUGGAAAGAAUGAAGGAACGAUUUAAAGGAAGAGAUGUGGAUUUCAUGGAUGCUGACAAACGAUCGACACUCACAUCUCAAUAUGCCUCCAUUCCAAUAGACUCUAGAACUGAACUCGCUGUCUACAGAAACGAGUCACUAAAGGAACGCCAAGAAGUUAUUAUAAUGGAAAUGAUUCUGACUGGACACACUCCCAAAGUUUUCCGUCUAGAUUAUUCGAAAUUGAGUGAAUCUUCUGAGAAGAGAGAGGAAUCAGAGCCUGAAAAUGAAUCACGAGAAGAUGAGUCGCUAGAUAAUGACCAGUCUAAUCUCGACAAAACCGUAGCUGAAAAGUUCAAAAUGUCAACGACUUCUCUUCCAAUCACAUAUAUUUUGAUUGUUGUUCUGUUUGCGUGGUUCUUUUUCUUUUAA